AUGGGCGCCCGCAACAUCGUUCCCCUCAUUCUGCUCCUCGUCUUCGUCGGCGUCCUAGCCGCGGUCGGAUUCAUCGUCUACAGCAUCGUGCAGGACGUGAGCAAGAACACGCGCGAGAAGAUGGAGCGCAAGAAUAUGACCUUCACCAAGGAUGGCAUGAAAGUCCAAGUAAGGGAGAUCAAGGACGAGGCCUACAAGGAUCAGACCCAAAGCGUUCUGGUCAACAUGUGGAACCACACUUCUUUCCCCGCUUACAAGAGUCGUCUCUGGGAUAUGUCCGGCUCCUCUUCUACGAAUCAGCAGAACGCAGCUGAGAAGCGCAAGUGA